UGUAUGCAGUGUAUAAGUUGGCAAUCCUGCAAAGUGUAUCGCGGUUAACCACUCCAGCUCAAGAAGCAGGAAUUUCGAUCUUCGCUCGUCAUAUAAAAGUAUCUGCAAUAAUGAGCGAAUCUCAAUCGAAGAAAGUCAAGAUGGCAAGCUCGUUAACGCAAUUAAAGGAAUUCACAACAAUUGUCGCCGAUACUGGUGACUUCCAAGCAAUGGAACAAUUUAAACCAGUAGAUGCAACUACAAAUCCCUCUUUGAUACUUGCUGCUGCUGGCCAGAAAAAAUAUGCACAUUUAAUUGAUAAAGCUGUGCAUUACGGGAAGAAAACCGGAUCCACUUUGGCAGAACAAGUUGAAGCAGCUUUAGAUAUUACAUGUGUUCUCUUUGGAAAAGAGAUUUUAAACAUUGUGCCUGGGAGAGUUUCUACAGAAGUAGAUGCUAGGCUCUCUUUUAAUAAAGAAGCUAGCAUUGAAAAAGCAAAGAAGUUAAUUAGUUUGUACGAAGAACUUGGCGUAAACAAAGAUCGUGUGUUGAUUAAACUUGCGUCUACUUGGGAAGGUAUUCAAGCGGCAAACGAAUUGGAAGAGAAAUAUGGAAUUCAUUGUAAUUUAACACUUCUAUUUUCUUUUGCGCAAGCAGUAGCAUGUGCGGAAGCAGGUGUUACUCUCAUAUCACCAUUUGUUGGUAGAAUCUUGGAUUGGUAUGUAGCGAACACGGAUAAGAAAUCAUACGAAGCUAAAGCAGAUCCAGGUGUUGUAUCUGUAACUAAAAUUUAUAAUUAUUACAAAAAGUUUGGAUACAAAACUGUUGUUAUGGGAGCUUCGUUUAGAAAUGUUGGUGAAAUUAAAGAACUGGCCGGUUGCGAUUUCUUAACCAUUAGCCCGAAAUUGUUGGAAGAUUUAGAAAAGAGUAAUGAACCGAUCCGUAAAGCACUUUCGGUUGAAUCGGCUAAGAAAAGCGAUCUUCAAAAGAUAAGUUUGGAUGAAGCUGAGUUCAGGUGGCUUCUUAAUGAAGAUCAAAUGGCGUCUGACAAAUUAAGCGAUGGUAUUCGCAAGUUUGCAGUAGACGUUCGCAAAUUGGAAAAAUUACUACAAGAAAAGAUACAGUCUUAAGGGCUAGACAACGUAGCGAUCCGAUAAAUGUAGAGGACACAGUUACCGACAAAAUGAGACGAAAACAUGGGUCUACGGGCUCAAAAUUUAACUACUUUAUAUCAACAUCUUUUUCGCUGUUCAGUAGUGUCAUACGAAAGAGGUUUAAUGCAGUUUUAAUGCAGUGCGUGAAUGCCAACUAUCGAAUGCAGAUAUUUGGAAAUGUAAGUCUUAGAAAAUAAGAUAAAAAUUGACAAUGCUGAAGCCAUGGAAUUCAAGCAGUUUUAUGUUAUUCGAUUAGCUUCUUGGAUAAAAGUCCGGCAUUCACGCACUGCACUGAACCUUCCUCUUUGUCGAAUGACGCCAUACCUUUUAGAUGUCAGAAUUCAUGAUAUAGAUAAUAUAGAGCAAAGAAUUUGACAAGUUUAGUUACGCUUAUUUAAUUACUAUCGGAUGCGUAUUCGUUCAUCGGCGAUAUGCGUCCGUAUAUGUAAUUUUCCUGUACAUGCAAUUAUGUACUCCUCUAGUAUGGUUUUUUUCUCUCUCGCCCGUAGGCCACGAUACUAGACAAUUCCAAGGAUGAUGACGCAACAAAAUAAUUUAAAUGUAGAAUAUAAUUCUCCACUUAUCUAAUUAUGUACAAUUAUAAUGUACAGUUAGUAUUAAUAUGUAUGACAAUGUAUUUUACUUGUACAAUCAUAGCGAUAAUAGAAUCAAAUGAAUUACACAUUGUUUUUGAUCUUAUUGUAA